AUGGGGCCUUGCAACUUGUUCCGACCCGUAUCCGGUUCGCGUCCGGUUGACCAUAUUUGGCUUUGUUCAGGAAUGAUCGAGGUUGCGCUCGAGACGGCCGUCGCCAAGCGCGACGCGGACGGCAGCCGGCGUCACCUGCACGUGCUCUCGGACGACAACGUCGACUUUUGCUCCAACGAUUAUCUUGGAUUUGCGCGCAGCCGCGAGCUCGCGGAUGCGAUCGCGUCGGCGCCGCACGGACAUGGGUCCACCGGCUCGCGCCUUGUGACUGGCACGUCCCAGCUGCACUUGGAUAUCGAAGCCGACCUCGCCGGCUUUUACGGGUACCCGUCCGCCCUCGUCUUCAAUAGCGGAUACCUCGCCAAUUUGAGCGUGCUCUCCGCUGUACCACAGCCUGGUGAUAUCGUCCUCUACGACGAGCUUGUGCACAACUCGUGCCGCGAGGGCCUCCGCCUCGGUCGAGCGACGUCGGUCGCCUUUCGCCACAACGACGUCGAAGAUCUUCGGGCGCGCCUCGCGUCGGCGCCAGCGACGGGCAACCGUAUUGUUGUUGUCGAGUCCGUCUACUCGAUGGAUGGCCACAUUGCGCCACUCGCCGCCAUGGUGCGGCUGUGUCGUGAGUAUAACGCGGCGCUCAUCGUGGACGAAGCGCAUGGUGUUGCCGUCGACGGACCGCAUGGCGCGGGCGUCGUCCGGGCCCUCGGCCUGGAGAAAGACGUCUUUUGCACCGUGUACACCUUUGGAAAGGGCAUGGGCAUCCACGGCGCAGCUGUUUGCGGCCCACCCGUUCUCAAAGAGUACCUUGUCAACUAUGCGCGGCCGUUCGUGUACAGCACGUCGCUGCCGGCGUCCGAUAUGGUCACGAUCCGCGCCGCGCAUGCAUAUUGCGCCAGUGCGGCCGGCGACAGCGCGCGCCACCAGUUGCAAUCGCGCGUCCGACGCUUUCGGAGCCGCGUGCGUGAACAUGCGGUGGCCAUUCCGCCCGCGAGCUUGCUCCAGAGCGCUACUGCAAUCCAAGGCAUCGUGUGCCCAGGCAACACGCGCGUACUCGCGGCGGCUGCCCAUCUUCGAGCACACGGCUUCAACGUUGUCGCGAUUCGCGCCCCGACUGUGCCCGUGCACAGCGAGCGCUUGCGCAUCAUAUUGCAUGCGUACAACACGGACGCCGAGAUCGACGCGCUCGUCCAUCAUCUUGCGGCGUUCUUCCUGCAGCACCCGGCGUCAAAGCUGUAGUUGUAUGAAUAACAUAGAAGAGUAAACUCGAAUGGAGCCUAGAAUGCCAUUGUUUGUUUACGCCGCCCAAACGAGGCCAGAGCAG